AUGACACUCACCGAAGGUCUUGCAUUGACACAAGCCAUUCUAACUCGUUACAUCUUAACAUUAUGCAUGAUAUUAGGUAUUAUUGGUUCUCUCUUCAAUCUCAUUGUCUUUCGUCAAAAGAAGUUUCAAUCAAAUUCAUGUUCAGUUUAUUUUAUGGCAACAUCUAUUUUUAAUCUAUUGGUAAUUAUAUGUGGUAUUACACCGGAAGUUCUAAAAUAUUAUAUAAAUUAUGAUUUAGCGUCACAUUCAUCAACAUUUUGUAAAACUAAAUCCUAUCUAGUACAUAGUCUCUUAAUGAUGUCUCGUUCCAGUGUUGCCUUAGCUUGUAUUGAUCGGUUUGCUUUAUGUUCACGUACUGUUCGUAUUCGUAGUUUAAAUCAACGUCGAAUAGCUACAUCAUUAGUUGUUAUCAUAUGUAUUGUAUGGAUAAUUGUACCAAUACAUAUUCUUGUCUACGUGGAUAUCCAAAUGCCUAGACAACAUUGUAGUGGUUCAGGUAUCUAUCUCUUCAUCUAUAGUAUUUAUGCAGUCAUUGUCACUGGAACUCCAUUGGUUAUAAUGAUUAUAUUUUCAUUUUUUGUUAUUCGAAGUCUUCGAUUAACUACGACACGAAUUCGUCUAAGUAGAGUCAACAGCAAUUCAAAUACUAAAAGACAAUUAAGAAUGCAAAAACGAGACAUUCAAUUGAUUACUAUUUUAAUAAGUGAAGUUAUUGUCUAUUAUUUAUCAACAAUAUGGUAUCCAAUAUAUUCAAUUUAUAUGACAAUUACAGCAGAUAUUGCGAAGACAACAAAUCGUUUUGCAAUUGAAGGAUUUAUCCGAUAUUUAUCAUUGAGCUUUUUCAUUUUUCUCAAUUCAUGUUCACUAUUCUAUGUUAAUCUUUUAGCUUCAAAAGCAUUUCGUGCAGAAUGUAAGCGAUUAGUUGUACGUUGGUGGAAACUUGAUCAAAAUAUUAUAACAACAACAGGCAUGUCGGAAAAUACUGGACAACAAUUUAUUCGCAUGCAGAAAUUUCAAACAGCACAAAGAUUACAUUUUAUUAUAGAUUUACAAAAAAAAAUAAUUCUAUUUGGAAUGGCAUCCAAAGAGACUCGAACCAAAUCAUCAGAAUUAUCACAACCACAAAGUCAUAGACUCGACAGACAAACUAGUCAAGGAUCAAAUACAAAUCAACUAAAUUUACCAUGGAAAGAUAAUUUUGACUUGAUAAAAUAUCUACAGCAAAAUCAGGAAACAUUGAAGCAAAAUUAUGGUUAUGGCCAAAGUAAAAAGCUUCGCUGUCCUCAGUAUUAUUUUAUCAAUGAAAAUAAAUCAAUAUUGAUCAUAUUACAAGGUGAUAUUACGAGAACAAAAGUCGAUGCUAUUGUUAAUGCUGCUAAUGAACAUAUGACGGGUGGUGGAGGAGUUGAUGGAGUAAUUCAUCGAGCUGCUGGAUCUGAACUUUAUGAAGCAUGCGUAGCUCAUAAAAAAGUCAGAGAUAGUGUUCGCUUACCAACUGGUCAUUCACGUAUUUUGCUUAGUUACAAUAUGUCAUCAACAACUUCUUAUAUUAUUAACACAGCUGGUCCUAUAUACGAUCGAUACAGAGCACAAGAAUGUGCGAGUGAAUUAACAUCAUGCUAUAAAACAGCACUUGCUCUGGCUAAUUUGUACGAUCUCCAAUCAAUUGGUUUUACGGCUAUUAGUUGUGGUAUAUUUGGUUAUCCAUCAAAUAAUGGUGCUGAUGUUGCACUUCGAACAGUUGAUAAAGAAGCCGGUGUAGUACCUGUGAUUGUAUUUGUCCUCUGGGACGAUCAUAUUUAUGAUGCAUGGGUUGACAAAGCUAAAGAACUAAAAUUUACUCUUUUCGAUAUCAUAAAUCCAAUGCCAGAAAGCUCAUCACUACCAUCAAAUGAUCAACCAAAAUCACCAACUGUAUUUAAUCCGAAAGUUAUAGAUGCUUCAACAGAAGACGAGGUAGCCAUAGCAUCAAAAGACGACAUUGAAGCUGACCUCAAACGUCUACCAUCCGUACCUAAUGAUUUGCCGGAUACUCAACCGGCUGACAGUAUGGAACUCGAUGACAAUGGAACAAAAGAUAAUUCUUUAUUACAUACUCAACAAUCUCUAAAUAUGAAAAAUGCUAGUCUAGAAGAAAAAGAAACAACAAACGACAAACCUCACGAUGAGCAAACAAAGUCCAAUGAUGAUACUAAUCAACCAACAGGUUGCAAAGGCGUGGACAAAUCUAAUGUUGAAAUAGAAAACAAUGAAAACGAUUCCAAAAAACCUGAACUCCAAAACUAA